AUCUACUCGAAUCGGGAGUGCUGGGGCUCAAGGCAUUCUUGUCUCCACUACCACCCACGGCGGGAUAUGAAAGCGUAUCACCAGAACAACUGUUGGAAGCAGCUCAAGUUUGCGGAAAACACGACAAGCCUAUUUUGGUGCACUCCGAGCUCAUGACCGAGCAAGAGCUAAUGCAACAAGUGCAAGAGAGCUUUAAAAAUGACAAUCCACGAUCUUACCAAGCCCAUCUCCAGUCGCGUCCGCCUCAAUGGGAACAAGAUGCGGUAGAAGUUGUCUGUCAAGCAGCAUCGUUCUGUCAUAUGCAUGUUGUACAUCUCAGCUAUGCCGGUUGUUUGGACGUCAUUGCCAAGACCAAAGCCGAUCCCAACAAACGACUGUCGGUAGAAACCUGUCCUCACUAUCUAAUGUUUGACGACACCAUGAUACCCGAUGGCGACACGCGUUUCAAAUGCUUUCCUCCCAUUCGCGACGCCGACAACCGAGAACGGCUAUGGCAAGGACUCGUAGGCGCUUUGAUUGAUAUGGUGGCGUCGGAUCACAGCCCCUGCGAACCGUCUCUCCGACGCCCGGGCAACAUGAAAGAUGCUUGGGGCGGCCUGACGGGUCUUCAAUAUCAACUGGCGGCGACGUGGACCGAAGCCUAUCGACGAAAGGCAUCGCUCUUGGACAUGGCCCGGUGGUGGAGUUACAAUCCUUGCAAGCUAGCAGGAUUGACGGACACCAAGGGAAGUUUGGAAGCAGGAAAGCAAGCAGAUUUUUGUUGGUGGGACCCACGGCAUGUUGCCGCGCCAAAUAGCUAUAGCCACGAGUAUCACCGAUGGAAAGGAGAUACGGUGUACGCAUCUGAUGCAAACUUGCGUGGUCGGAUCCUUGGUACUUGGGUGAACGGGGCAGAAGUGUAUCGAGGGAAAGAUGACGUUCACCUCGGGGAUCCCGUCGGUCGUUUCCAUGUGGGCUAGCAGCUUUGAUGCACGGUGAUCCACAAUGUCCAGGGAAGUAUCUUGUUGACAUCCCCCCUCUCUCGAUCACCAUCUCAGGGAUGCAACAAUCUUCCUUUUUCUGCAAUGGCCGUCGGCCGUACCGGUACCAGUACCAACCCGCAUCUAACAAAACCCGUGCUACCAUGAAAGAUGCACUAUGGCUUGGGUACUCCAGCAAUCCCAAUUCGAGAGCCUAGCUAGAUACAUGUAGUAACUACUUAUUGGUGGGUACUUGUCAGGUUUGCAAAAUCACUCCUAAUAAUCUACA